AUGGCCGAAAUAGCAGGUCUAACAAUCGGCGGGAUUGGCCUCGCAAGCCUCUUCACGACCUGCGUCGACUACCUCGACUGUAUCACCUUAGCACGCAAUCACAGCAGAGACCUAGAAGUCUCGCUCACGCAAAUGUCCCUCCUCAACCAGCGCCUUAAUAUCUGGGGUGAAAUUGUGAAAGCUCAGAACAACGGGUACGAGCUCCCCGCGCUUCGCGAGAAGUGGCCUCAAAUCGGUGGCGCUGUCGGAGAGGCCCUUGUGUCCAUCAAAGACGCCUUCACAGACGUCUCAGCGCUGGAGAAACGAUACAGUCUAAAGGCAACGCCGGAAAGCAGUAGCACUGCUAUGGUUAUUCACGAGUCUCGAGCGCUUAACCAAAUCAUGGAUGCCUUUCACAUCGUUCAGCGCCGCCGGCAGAAAGAGAUGUCUGUGUGAGAGGCCAGACCUCGAAUAGCUCAAAGGUGUGGUUUCGAAUAUUCAAUUAAGAAGUGCGUGAAGACUACAUACAUGCAAUCUCUUCCUCUAUAUAUAGAGAGAGGAAGAGUUUCUGGAGUCUUCCAAGAAACUGUUUGACAAAUACGUGACAUCAAAAGAAUAGAGUAGAAAAGUGUAGAAAAGGAGAAACCAAUUUAGCAGUGGAGCAAUGGCCAAUGCUGAGCGGGGACUUUGGUCAGUGCUUAGCGAGGGCAUGGCCCGAGCCUCCAUCAUGGGUUCCAACCCUCACAGUCUGUUAUAAAUAAGACAUGGUGGGCGGUACACGACAAGAAGAAGUUCGAUGCCCUAAUCCAAGUUGUCAGUUUCAACAUUGACAGGUUCGAGAAGAUUAGCGAGAACUUGAACGUCCUCGAGAAGCAGAAGAAGAAGCUAGCGUCGGUGAUUGAGGAAAUUGACGACGAAGACAGCUUGAAGUUACUUGUAGAGGCGACAGAAGAAAAUCAAAGUACUAGAUCUGCUAGCUCGGGUCACCUGUUUAUUAACACUAUUGUUGGCGAAAGGGUACGUGUAACGAUGGGAAAUGCGGGGAAUUCAACUAUUGUCGGUUAUAAGUUUAAUAGGACGAACAUUAUGAACGCGGAGGUAUAUAUAGGGAAUAUGUCAGAUGAACGUGUAACGAUGGGAAAUGCGGGGAAUUCAACUAUUGUCGGUUAUAAGUUUAAUAGGACGAACAUUAUGAACGCGGAGGUAUAUAUAGGGAAUAUGUUAGAUGCUGCUCUUGCAUCGUUUUAUAGUGCUUUAAAGGGCCCUGAAUUAGGCAAGGAAUAA